AUGAGACAUAAACAAGGAAAAUCCGCUGUAAAAUAUAUUAAAAAUAAAUUAGAAAGUGAUCUAUUUACAGAAUUAAAUUCUACAAUACAAAAUUUAAAGUUAAACAAUGAAAACUCUCAAAGUAUUUUAAUGAAAUGGACAGAAACUUUAGAUAAAGUGUUAAAUGAUAACCUUUAUCAAGCAAAGAAUGAUGAUAUUUCACGUCAACAUAGGGAAAUUCUUGAGAAAAUAACUUCUCAUAUUAUUUCAAUCGCUAAUUUUGGAGUUAGCGAAAAUUAUUCCCUGAUAUUUAAAUUAUUUGAUAUCUUACUGCAGAUUGAAUAUAGUAUUAUUCAGCAGCAUAUUGAUUCUGUAUGGAGGAUUAUUCUUGUGUCUCAGAUUGAAUCGGCAGAUUCUUGUGUCGAGUUGUUGAAAAGGCUAUUGGAAAUAUAUGCCAAAUCUCGCGAAAUGAAUUUAUAUAUUAAAGAUCUUAUAUCAGCUUUAAGUAAUAUACAAAUGGACGCAAACAUGAUAUUAAAAACUCCAUUAUUCUGUCCUGCGAUUUUGGACGAAUUCUCGAGUAAAGUUGCAAAUAAUGUAUCAAUGCCUCAAGCCAUUGAGAUUAUAACAUCAUUAACAUCAGAAGUAUGUGAUGUAUGUUUAUCUGGCUUUAUUGAACAUAGUAAAUUCGCAAAACUAUUAAACAAGAGAAGGAAAUUAGAAAAAGAACGUGCUUCUGAUGUAAAAACCGUACAAAUUAUUGAGCCGUUGAUUCUGUUAAUGAGUAGCUUUUUGAAGGCAUUGAGAAUCACUGUCUCAUUUAAAGAUGAAUUGGAAAAAGAAUUUCAGGCAAUAUUUGACCGAUUUAUUUAUCCGAUCUUGUCUUGUGACUAUGGCGACAAAGAUGAAUUAUUAUGUGGAAAAAUGACAUAUGCAGCACUUAGUUUGCAUCAUGUUUUAGUAGAUAUUUCGUUAAUAUAUUGGAAAAAUACUUCGACCCCACAUUUCAUGACAAUUUUGUGCGAUAAUACGUUUAAGAAUCCGAAAUCGAUGUUGUUUUUGAAUAAAGUACGACUUCAACAUGUUCAUCGAUCAAUUUCGUCAAUAAAUUAUCGAAAUAACACAAAUAAUGAUUCGGACGAUUCAAUCAUCAUUUUGCGUAAAUUAAUAGAAUCAGUCCUUUAUACUUUGAAAGAACCCGAAAAUCUUGAUGUUGGUUGGACAGGAAAAUUGGUUGACUUGGACAAUAAGAAUUUUGCUGUUGCUAAUUGUAUGACUAUCCUUGGAGAUUGGCUUGAUGUUGUAAGCAAUGUGUGUCAUGAACAUCAUCUUGCACCCAUUGUAAGGUUCAUCAUCAACUGGUCUAUUACUUGUUCUUCAGUCUACUUGCAACCUCUCAAGGAGAUUUCUGUUAGAACUUUAUGCUUACAACUUUUAAAAUCUGCUGAAUUCUUUGAGUUGAAAUCCUUGCGAAAUAUUUUUGUAAAGAUAUAUCUAGAAGAAAUAUAUAAUUGCUUUCAACAUAUUCGUGAUGAAGAAAUGAUUUCAAACGGAAAUCAUAAAGAAUUAGACAUGAUUUUACUUAUCAGUUUGCAAGGCCAACAAUCGGAAAAAUCAAAUUUAAUGGAUAAUGUGACGUCUUGCUUUAAUAAUAGCUUUAAUAAUAUAAACCAAAAAUUUUGUGUUUCUUUGAAAAGCAUUGACAAGAUUGCAAAAUUUAUUGCUUUAUUACAUUUAUUCCCGAUGGAAUAUUUUACAAAGCAAGAAAUUGGUAAUCUUUCGCUAGUUAUACUGCUAAUUGAUAAAUGGGUAUCGUUUCUUAAGACAGAAUCUUAUGAAGAAGUAACGAGCACAAUCAAAUGCUCCAUUUUAUGCAGGAGUUUAAUUCGUAAAUUCAUUGCUUAUACGAAUAAGAAAGAUGAUGUUUUAAAAAAGGAUGCGUCUUUUAUUAUGUGGUGGAUAUCUUCCAUAAAUGCAUAUCAAAAGUAUAUCACAGGUUACACCGAUGAUUUAGGGCAUGAUGAUGUCGCAGUAAUUCAAAACCUUUUUGAGCAUUUCACUCAAAUAACUUGUCAGACAUUUUCACUUAUAAUAAGACAGAUUCUCGUUGGGUAUCCGGAUGAUGAUGGGGAUAAAAUAAAUUAUUUAGAUACUUUUGUAGAUUAUUUUAAAAAUCUUUAUGAUGAUGCAGAAAAAUCUAUUCCCGAAAUGAAAGGUUCUUUUAUGUCGUCGUCAAAUGAUGUUAGAUGGAGAUUUACUUUUGAAUUUUUGAGUCUUGGUAUAGAGUUCGCUGAAGCGCGCAAGUACUCGAAAAAUGGUCGAAUUGAUCGCGAGAAUUCUGUUUGGAGACUUUUUUUAACGCUGCAAAGCAUCGUAAAAAACAUUUUAAAUGGAAUUCUUUCAGAUGUUCUUGAUAAAUCACUUCAAGAAAUUCAAAAUUCCAGUGAUUUAAGUUGGAAAGAAAGUUUGUCUUUAGAACUGGGUUCUAUGGAAUUGGAUAAGAUACCUGAUAAUGAAGUAUUAGUAUUGAAACAUUGUGUAACUUUAUUAUCGGUUGUUAUUGAUCUUACAUCUUUAAUCGAGUUUGUGUUUAUUACGAAUAUUUCGCAUCAAACGUUUACUCUAGUUUGUGACUUGAUGAAUAUUUUCUAUAAUGAAGGUUCAAAUCGUGAAGUUAUGAAAGAGUUGGAGGCGAUAUUUAAUUCAAUUAUUUCAAGAGGGUCAAAUGAGAUAUAUGAUAAUCUUGCUAAUAUUAUUUUGGUUAAAAUUGAAGAUUUUCCAUUUUCCAAUGAUACAAGCAAGUAUGAUUUAAUAUUUUUAAUUCACCUGAUUGAUGUAUUUCUUCGUAAUUCCAAUCAUGGGAAAUUACGUAGGUUGGAACAAAAACUUCCUAAUUUACUUUGUGGAAUUUGUGGUAUGGCUGAGUUAGUAGAUAAAGUUACACUUGGGAUACAAACUUUACGAAUAUCGAAAUUUCUUGUCUGUCACAGGGCAUUUUCGUUUCAAAGUACGGAUAUUGGAAUAGUUUUAUCCAUAGUGAUAACCUUAACAUCACCAAAACGACAUUACGAAGAUCAUGAAUACAAAGAGUUAUUUGAAGAGAUUUGUUAUUUACUUUACAACAUACUGAUUCAUCGUUGUGAACAAUUAAUUCAUACCAUACCAACAUUUAUAUUUAUUAUACAAGGCAUGUUUCAUUGUUUUAAGAAAAAUACAAGAUCGAUUAAAAAUAAUUUAAAAGAGAUACAACAAAAAGAACAACAGUCGGGAAAUCGACACAUUUCAUGGUGGGAAGUUCAUUUGAAGGAACCAUUAUCAAUCGAAAGUGCAAAAACAUUCGCGAGGUUAUUAACAAUGAUUUCACAUGUUAAAAAACCCGGUAAUAAGGCUUUUAUUAAACAUCUUCCUUCGUUAUUAUCAGAAUAUAUUCAUAUACAAACGAGUAAUAGUAUAUUAGAAUUGAAUAUAAAGGAUGUACUAAAAAAUGGGAUUUAUUCAUUAUUGGAUUUAUGCGGACAAUUUGAAAGGGACAUGAUAAUGGUCAGUUUAGACCUAGUUGGUAAAAGUUUAUUUAAAAGUUUAUGGACUGAAUAUAACAAAGAUUGGAAAUAUGUUGGAAGGGGAUAG